AUGGUCCAGAACACUGCCAAGCUUGGAGGGACCGCGUCCGGCAUCACUGUCGCGAAGAUAGCACAAGGUUUGAUGAUGAUGACCCUGAGGGAUCCGAAACACCCUCUCAGUGAUGAGGAGGCGUUUGAGUCUAUCAAGGCGGGAGUCGAUGCUUGCCCGCCUGGCGCGAAGAUGUUCCUGAACAGCGGCGAAUUCUAUUCGUACGAUUUCUCCACGGCGAACUUGCAGCUGCUGGCCAGGUUCUUCGAGAAGUAUCCUGACUAUGCGGAUAAGACGUUCCUCUCCGUUAAGGGUGCCAUCGGAAAGUCUGUAGGGAAACCAGGCGGUCCAGACACAUCCCCGGAAAACUUGAGGCGCAGCGUCGACACCAUCAACGGCGCCCUCCGCGGCACCAAGAAACUUGAUUUGUUCGAGUGCGCCCGCGUCGACCAAAAGUAUCCGAUCGAAGAUACCAUCAAGGCUUUGGCCGCUUUGGUUCAGGAGGGUAAGUUCAGCCAUAUCGGCAUGUCCGAGUGCAAGGCAGAGACUCUGAGGCGCGCGCAUGCUGUGCACCCGAUUGCGGUCGUGGAGAUUGAAGUAAGCCUGUGGUCUUACGAAGAGGAGACCAAGAAAGGCGAGAUAGAGCUCGGUGUCGCUGUUGCUGGCUAUUCCCCCCUUGGACGGGGCUUCUUGACCGGAUCCAUCAAGUCGACCAGUGACCUUUCGGAUGGUGACUACCGCCGCAUGCUGACACGAUUCAAGGACGAGUACAUCAAAGAGAACAUCGCUAUCGUCGAGGAACUCAAAGCACUGGCUGUUAAGAGGAACAUCACGCCCGCGCAGCUCGCCAUCGCCUGGGUAGCCUCGCUUGGUGAUCAUGUCAUCCCGCUGCCCGGAUCUUCCUCCAAGAAGCGUACGCUCGAGAACUUGGCUGCGGGUGACAUUGUCCUGACCGAUGCCGACAAAGCGCAAAUCGACAAGAUCUUGAGCAGCCACCAGGUCAAGGGCGACCGCUACUUCGGGAACGACGCCGCGGCUCAUCUAUGGGGAUAA